ACUGCAAGAAAAUGAAGACCCAUGACUUGCAGAGUUUUAGCUGCCAAAUUUUAAUUAGCUUGAUAGAAGCAAAUUGACUUUAAACUAAGCUCUGCCCAGUUAUUUUUGAGAGAGACUUGUUACAUUUUGUAUUAAUUGAGAGACAAAUGCUCAUCUUCUUCAAUUGUUGGAGAACUUGGUUUCAGUAUGCAAUGAAGACCUUAGCCUUUUCUGCUUGUUUCAUAGCUUUCUAUACCAUAAUCUCGCUUUCAGUCAUUUACAUAAAUCACAAGUUUGAUCUAAUUGGAGAAUUUGCUAAAGCCAAGAUUGUUCACGGAAAAGCAGAAAGUGCUACAAAGUUUCUUUUUGAUUCAGGAUUUGAUGAAGAAUCUUGUUUAAGCAGAUACCAAUCUUUUGUCUAUCGAAAACAUUCGCCUCACAAGCCUUCUCCAUAUCUUCUCUCAAAACUUCGCAGUUACGAAAUUCUUCAUAAGCGUUGUGGACCUUAUACAGGAUCCUACAAUCAAACCCUGAAAGCAAUUAAUUCUGUCAACAUUUCAAGUCCUACAGACUGCAAUUACAUAGUCUGGACAGCCACUGCAGGUUUGGGAAACAGAAUAUUAAGUGUUUCUGCAGCAUUUCUGUAUGCUGUUCUUACCAACAGAGUUUUACUUGUUGAAUAUGAAACUGACAUGGCUAAUCUCUUCUGCGAGCCAUUUCCAAAUACUUCAUGGCUAUUGCCUCAGGAUUUUCUCAUGAAGAGUGAAUUCAGAAAACUCAAUCAUCAAUACCCACAUAUUUUUCAGAACCUGAUAAGGCAAAAGAUCAUUAAUGCAUCGACAGAGUUGCUACCAUCUGUUGUGUAUAUUUUGUUAGCUGCAGGCAAAGACAAAAUUUUCUACUGUGAAGAACAGCAACAGCUUGUUCAAAAAAUUCCAUGGUUGAUUCUGAAAUCAGAUGAAUACUUCAUUCCAUCUCUCUUCUUGAUCCCGUCUUUCAAGCAAGAACUGGACAGUAUGUUUCCUGAUAAAGAAACCGUUUUCCAUUUCUUGGGUAGAUAUCUUUUUAACCCUUCAAAUGAGGCAUGGGGACUAAUUACAAGGUUUUAUGAGGCUUAUUUAUCCAAAGCAGAUCAAAAAAUUGGUAUGCAAAUAAGAGUAUUCAAUCCUCAAGCUACUCCAUUCCAAAUUCUAACAGAUCAAAUUUUAGCUUGUAGUCAACAGGAAAAUCUGCUAGCACAAGUAGAUGAAAACAGAACUGCUGGCUCCCCAUUGAAAAUUGGAACAUCAUCAAAAUCUAUACUAAUAGCAUCUUUAUAUUCAGAAUUUUAUGAGGAAAUAAGAAACAAGUACUGGAGAUUUCCAACUAGAACAGGAGAGUCAAUUGGGGUAUAUCAGCUAAGCCAUGAAGAGAAUCAACGUUUUGGGGAUAAUAUGCAUAAUAUGAAGGCAUGGGUUGAAAUAAACCUACUAAGUAUGAGUAAUGUAUUGGUUACAAGCCCUAGGUCAACUUUUGGGUAUGUUGCUCAAGGACUCGGAGGUUUAAAGCCAUGGAUUCUUAAAAAGCCUGAGGAUUGGAAAACAAAUAGUUCAGCUUGUGGUCUAGCCAUGUCAAUAGAACCUUGUUUUCAUGAUCCACCCUUGUAUGGCUGUAAGUCAAAGGUCAAAGUUGAUAGUAUUGUUCCUCACAUCAAGCACUGUGAGGAUGUACCUGGAGGGCUCAAGCUUUUUAGUAAUUAUAACACUACUAAUUAG